AGCUACUCAUAAUAUUGCAUCAUGUAGGUACUUGUGCAUUUCUUAAUAAACAGUCAGUUAGCAUCCAGCCGUUGUUUCAUUACGUUCCACUGGCGACGAGUUUGUGUAUUUUAUAUAAUUUACCACGCGUUUUAAAGUGAAUAUUGUAAAAAUACAAUGCCUAUAGGUAAAUUAGAACCAUUUGACUUAAAUUCCAAGCAGUGGUCCGCGUAUAUAAGGCGAGUUAAGCAGUAUAUUCUCUUAAACGAAGUGAAAGAUGAAUUACAAGUGCCGUUGUUAAUUACUAUCGUGGGUGAAGCGACGUACAUGUUGAUGUGCGAUUUAUGUUCGCCGACGCAUCCUGAAUCGAAAAGUUUCGACGAAUUAGUGAAAUUGGUUUCGGAACACUUAGAGCCAAAACGUUCCGAAAUAGCCGAGCGCCAUGUUUUUCGCUUACGUCGUCAACGUCCAGGCGAGUCCCUCACGGAAUACCUACACAACUUAAAACAUCUGGCAACAACUUGCAAUUUUGGAACGAUGUUAGAGGAAAAUUUAAGAGAUCAGUUCGUAUCAGGGUUGGCAAACGAACUGAUGCGGUCUAGAAUAUUCGCCGAAAAAGACAUCAAAUACAGGGAGGCUGUGGAGCUAGCUCUUGCGUUGGAGGCUGCAGAAAAGCAUGCGGAGGUGAGCGGGUCUACGAUGACUUCGACAUCGACCUCGAGUGCAGGCGGCGAGGCAGGCGAGGGCCUGCAUCAUGCGAGCGGGCGGCGCGGCACGGCGCGCGCGCCUUCGAGCGCGGCUGGCGGGCGCGGCGAGCGCGGCGGACGCGGCGCGUCGGGACCGGCGGAGUCGAGCGCUGCUGGCGGGCGCGGCGAGCGCGGCGGCCGCGGCGCGUCGGGACCGGCGGAGUCGGGUGCGGCUGUGCGGUGCUGGCGGUGCGGAAAGCCGCAUCGGGCAAACAAGUGCAAAUAUGUGCAAUUUAAUUGUGAUAAGUGCCUCCGCCGCGGGCACCUAAAAAUAAUGUGUGAUGAAGUGCGUAAUUACGAGUCUAAUGUGCGUAAUAAUUAUGUGCUGGAUGGAAGUGUCUCGGAGGAAGACGACUUCUUUAACCUUGAACUGGCAGCCAAAGGUAACGGACCAUAUUUUCUUAAAGUGCAAAUAGACGAUCAUCUUUUGGAAUGUGAAAUUGAUACGGGUAGUCGUAUUUCGGCGAUUAGUGAUCAACUUUUUUAUAAACUUUUUUCUCAUAAAAAAUUAAUCUCCGAUAAUUUAAUAUUACGUUGUUAUUCGGGUACACAGAUCGAGUCGUUGGGGUAUGUGCAUGUAGAUGUCACGGUUGGGGAAGUGCGUGUACCUAACUUGACAUUAUAUGUAAUACAAAACGGUUCUCGACCUUUGCUGGGCCGAGAUUGGCUUCGAGCUUUAGACGUUAGACAAAUCACAUUAAAAGAGAUAGCCGACGAUCGAUUUGUGGACCGGUUAACCGCCGAAUUUCCAGAAGUAUUUACGGAUACGUUAGGCACUUGUAAGAAGACCAUUCAAUUACAGCUCACGGACCAGGAACCCGUGUAUGUGAAAGCCCGACCGGUGCCGCUCGCGCUGCGCGGCCGGGUGCAGGCCGAGCUCGAGCGACUCGAGCGCGAGGGGUACAUGUACCGCGUGGACCACUCGGAGUACGGCACGCCGAUCGUGCCGGUUGUAAAAGCGUGCGGUGAAAUACGAAUAUGCGGAGACUAUAAAGUCACAAUUAACCCGAAAUUAAAACGUGAUUUUUAUCCUUUGCCUCGAAUUGAAGAACUAUUUGCUUCAUUGAGUGGGGGGGAAGAGUUUUCGAAAAUAGACUUAAAGCAUUCAUAUCAACAGGUUAUGUUAUCCGAGGACUCGCAAGCCUAUACCGCUAUUACCACGCAGAUAGGUACUUUCGUAUACCGCCGCACGCCAUUCGGGUUAUCAUGCAUUCCUGAAAAAUUCCAAAAAUUAAUGGAGGAAACAUUACGAGGGAUUCCUGGAACGGUAGUAUUUUUAGACGACAUUUGUGUGACGGGCUCAAACAGACAAACACACCUAGCCAAUUUACGAGCGGUACUUGAACGGUUGCGGUCGAUGGGUUUUACUGUUAAGUUAAGUAAAUGUAGUUUUCUGAAACCUAGUGUGAAGUAUUUAGGCUUCAUUAUCGAUAAAUCAGGGUUGCACCCUGAUCCGAAUAAAAUAGAAGCUAUACACGACGCACCACGCCCCGAAAACGUGACACAAUUAAAAAGUUUUCUUGGAUUAUUGAACUACUAUGGAAAAUUUAUACCGAACCUCAGUACGUUAUUAUUUCCGUUACACGCGUUACUGAAAAAGGAUGUAACUUGGAAAUGGAAUGCACGUUGCGAGGCCGCGUUUUCGGGGGCCAAGAGUGCACUGUUGGGUGAUAAGGUGUUAGCUCACUAUGAAGAGGGUCGGCCGUUGGUACUGUCCGUGGACAACAGCGCGUAUGGCUUGGGCGCUGUGCUCGCGCACCGUUAUCCGGACGGCAGUGAACGCCCUGUUAGCUGUGUUUCGCGAACAUUAAAGGAUUCCGAAAAAAAUUAUAGCCAACUUGAUAAAGAGGCACUAGCUAUUUUCUUUGGCAUUACCAAACAUCACCAGUAUGUAUUCGGUAGACAGUUUAUAUUGCGCACAGACCACCAGCCCUUAAGCUUCAUUUUCGGAAAGAAAUGUGGAAUUCCCCAGACGGCCGCCAGCCGUUUGCAGCGGUGGGCUGCGCGCUUGUCGGCGUAUGACUUCACGGUGGAGUUCGUGCGUUCCUCGGACAACGGCCCGGCCGAUGCUUUGUCCCGCCUGCCAUUGCCGUGCCGACGGGUGACCCCUUCGGAGUGUGCAAGCUAUGUUCAACUUAUCGAAGAGAACUUGGCGAUUAGUUUUAAAGAUGUUAGUAAGGAGACAAAGAAAGACCCCUUAUUAAGUAAAAUAGUGGGCUUUGUGAUGUUUGGUUGGCCGUCGUCAGUAGCGGGCGGCGAGGAGGAAAAGGCUUAUUUUGCGAGGCGAAAUGAGAUAGUUUUAGAAUUGGGUUGUUUAAUUUAUAAAUAUCGAAUUAUAGUUCCGCCAUCAUUGCGUAAAGGCGUGUUAAAGGAAAUACAUGAAGGCCAUCUGGGCAUUAAUAAAAUGAAAAAUGUGUCUCGUAGCUAUGUCUAUUGGCCAAGUUUAGAUCGCGAUAUCGAGUACUUGUGUCGAGAAUGUGAAGCGUGUCGGAUAGUCCGCGACUCCCCACCCCGCGCCACACUUCAUCCCUGGGAGUAUCCACUUUGCCCGUGGCAACGCGUGCACGCCGAUUUUGCGGAAUGUGUAGGUAAGAAAUAUUUGAUUGUCUUAGAUGCUCAUUCAAAGUGGGUAGAAGUGAUCAGUAUGACACGUACGGAUGCGGAGUCGACGAUUUUGGCCUUUCAGACAUUAUUUGCUAGAUUUGGUCAGCCUGCCCAGCUCGUAACUGACAACGGCCCGCCUUUCAGCGCCUUAGAUUUUAAGAAUUUCUGUGCUAAUAACGGUAUUAAGAGUGUAACGACGGCACCGUAUCGACCGCAGGGGAACGGUGCGGCUGAAAACAUGGUGAAAACCGUUAAAAAAGUAAUCAAACGCGCUUUAUUUGUCAAAGAAAAUGUGUCAGCUGCCCUAAAUAAAUUUUUAUUUCAAUAUAGAAACUGUGAACACGCCACGACCGGUGUGUCCCCUGCAGUACUGAUGCUAGGCCGGCGAUUGCGGGGGCGACUGGACGCAUUGCGUCCCGACGUAUCUGUGGUCGUGCGCUCGGCACAAGAGCGCCAGAUUAAUCAGAAAGGGGGAAUGCAAAGACAAGUGGGUAUAGGAGAUACAGUUAUGGCGCGAGAUUACUCCUCUAAGGGAAAUAAAUGGACAGAAGGAGUAGUAGUAAGUCAGACGGGGCCGGUGUCUUAUAAAGUGGAUAUGGGAAAGGGGGUAGAAUGGCGUAGGCAUCGAGAUCAGAUAAUUAAAGUAAAUAAAAAAAAUCGUUAUUCUCUCGCGCGAACUAGCACCCUUGGGCAGGAAGCGGAGCAGACGGGAGAGAAUGAUGAUGAAAGGGUAGCGGUGGAUAGCGAUGCCGACGUUACAUUCGAAGACCCUGUCGGGUCGCCCGGGGGCGAGGGUGCGGCGCAGGCGCCGGAAGAUGUGCACUCUCCAACACCGCCGCCCCCAGGCGCGUCCGCUAGAGCUCUGCGAGCAUAUCAUCGUAAGAAGAAGGUCUAGUUUAAUAACUAUGCGAAAACUAUGUUAUAUUGUGAUUAAAAAGGGGGGAAAAGUGUAGUGUUCGUAGCUACUCAUAAUAUUGCAUCAUGUAGGUACUUGUGCAUUUCUUAAUAAACAGUCAGUUAGCAUCCA